GCAAGGCGUAUUAUUGUUAUGGAUAAUGACCUAACUGAUCUAAAUAUUGAAUGGAUUAAAGCCCUUCAAAAGGAUAAACCAUUCUCUAUUAUCCACAAUACUUAUCAACCUCAAAAAGGUAAGACAUUUCACCUAGCUCCUAAUAAAGAAACUGUAAAGGAUAUGCAAGGGAUUGUUCGUGCUCUCAAGACCGAUUUUCUGGAAUUGAGGAUCAAGGAAUAUCAUGGUAAAUCUGAUCCUAUAGAAAAGGCUCAUGACUUCAGUAACGUAGAAGAAUCAUGGAGCAAUAUUGAUCUAGUUGCGUAUACAAGUACUCUAAAAAUAGGAGUAUCUUGCACUAAUCCAAAGUUUGAGUGGGCAUUCUGUCUCUUUAAUAGCUAUAUAGAAACUAAUGCAGGGACGAAUCAGAUGUUAUUCCACAUGCGAUGCAUUAGAGACUAUGUUUGUUGCAUCGAGCAAAGAUCAUCUAAUGUUACUGUUGAAGAGAAAGGAUUAUUUCAAUGGUUGUUAAAUGCCAAACGAGAAUGCUUCCCCCGAAAACUCCAGAAUAGAGGAAUAUUUCCAGAUGUAGACUCUAUUAUCCGGAAUAAGGUUGUACCAACUGUUCGAUUGUGGGUGGCCUAUAUGUUAGAAAAAUUCCGUUCCCAGCGCUUAUUUGGUUGGAGAAUGGUCGAUUUUCUCAGAGAGGCGGGUAUGAUAAUUUCUAUCAUAGAAUCCAUUCCUAAGUCUAAAGAAAACGUUAUAUCAUUAUCUCAAGCUGUGAAGGCAAAUUUCUCUAUCGUUAAAGCAGAGGAGAUAUCAGAUGUAUCUAAUGCUACUAUUGUUGAUCGUGAGACUGCCGAAUUUCUAGAGAACAAGCCAAGAAAAUCUUUAGGAGAAAUGCGAUCUCUAGACCGGCAUCAUAUCAUGGAAUGUUAUGAGAUUUCGCCUGAAUUAUUGACUGAAAAUUUCAUUUCGAAGUAUGAGGAUUAUAAUCAUAUGAGAUAG